UGAGGUGUGAUAUCUUGUGAUGUUUUGUCUUUCCAGUGUGUGAAGAUAAUCCCUGGGCCAAGAUCUCCAGACCCUAAUAUCCCAGAAUGGGACUGGGAAGAUGUGGAGCAGCCCGUUUCCUCAGUUGUUGCCAUCCCCCCUAUUAACUUUCAGAAGGGUGAGAGGCGGAGGUCGCUGUCACUUGCUGAGCCCUACACUCCAAAGACUCUAUCAAACCCCAUUGACAUCCAGAACCAGACAACAAAGGAUGACACUGAUGGAACUCGCAAAAGGAAAGACACACCUCACUGUCGUUACGUGGAAAUGGAUGACCCAUUCCACGCAGUCAUGAGGUCAGUGAGGUCACAGAGUCUGGAGGAGAAGAGGAGUCAUAGUCUGGAAGACAGGGACAAAUAUCCGUCCCCUGGAUCUACAACUUGUCACAUUGAUCGCCAUUACUUGACCGUCCAGCUCCCUGUGGUCGACUACAAACACAGAUGGUCAGUAUCAUCUAUGUUUGCUGUGAAAGCUGACCAAGUUCCUGUGACUGGCCUAUUGCUGACCAGCGUGCUGACCGGGUCAGCUAGUGCACCUGACCUAGUGACCGCUUAUCGAGUGCAAAAUGAAGAGGGUAGGUCGUUAUUUAUCCCCAUAAAAGUCAAUUAG